CAUCACCUACACACACACACACGUCUGGGGCGAGGCUACUUGAUCGGGCCUCCAUUCUGGACCUAGCAAGAGACCAAAGUAGAAGCUAGUCGUGAGUUGACGUUCUGCAUGCGCAUCAGUACUGCCAGAUCCCGAAUCCCCAGCUAACUGGUUGUGACGUACAUGGACAACGGUGUUCAAACGACUGGGAAAAGAAUUCUUCUGGCAGCUUCCCAUGACAAUGAGUUCGCGAACGAUCUCAAGCUACAGUUGAGUUGUGAACUCGUCACUCCACGUGAGAUGCAGAAAUUUCAAGAAGAGCAGAAGAGACAGAGACAAGUAUGUAGAGAGCCCAUGUUCUCCGUCCUGGUGUUUGUGUUUGAUCAUUACAUUUCAAAAAACAACGAAGCUGACAUCAAGCAAUUCAGAGUACUAGCUGUGAGAGAAGCACAAAAAUUAGUGGAACCUAACAGCCACGUGAUAGUAGUUCUAGAUGGUACGAGUCCGGACGAUUUGGUACAGUUUGAUGACUUCUUGUCUCAAUUCACUAACGUCGUUCCACGCAAUCUGGGUGUGUUACAAGUUGCCAGAUACGUUAAAGAAAGACUAAACGACGUUGUCAAGAUGUGAAAUCUGAAGACCAACCUGGUAGAAUUAGUAUGUAUUAUUCAAUUUCUAGAGAUUGCACUUUUGAUUUUGAGUAUACGAAUUUGCAUGCAGACAACUUAGUAACACAAAGUUUGCAAAAGUUUUAAAU